AAGAAGAAUCAUUAAAUAUGUGAAGUGACGUGAUAUCUCCCCCGUGAAGCUGCCGGGUCUCUAUUUGAAAGUCAGCACGCGGACCCGGUAACAGAAACAGACCCCGCCUCUUGGCUGUAUUUUAUUCCCACCGGGGUGUCUCCCCCUCCUCCUCCUCCUCCUCCUCCUCCUCCUUAUCUCAGCUGCUGCUCGCCUGCUGAACAAUGUAACCGCAUCAACAUAACGGGAGUUUGGAAGAGAGAACAGAGAGAGAACAGAGAGAGAGAGAGUGUUGGACCGACCGCGGGUUUGUUUUUACCUUGUUUUCCUCUGAAGAUUGUUGUUCGGGAAUGAAAGUUGGCGGAUCCUGAAGGAAGUAAGGGGGUGCCAUGCCAGCUGCCGUUCCCCCUCUGCUCCCCAUCGCCACCUGGUGGUGUCUGGUACUGCUGCAGCUUCCACAGGCCCUGACCCAGCCCCAGCUGGACCCUAACCCAGAGAAGGCCUCUCCCGCUGGGCAGGCCUUCCCUUACCUCUCCCUGGAUGGAUCUCCCCUCAACCACCUCCUACUGGACCCCAGGUCUGGUCAUCUGUACGUGGGGGCGGUUAACCAUCUCUACCAUCUCUCCCCUGACCUCCAGGUGCUGUCCUCCAGUCAGACUGGCCCCAAACUAGACAGUCCUGAAUGUCUGCCUCCAAUAGUUUCCAGGGACUGUCCUACCGCCCGGGUCACCCCCAACACCAAUAAGAUCCUUCUCCUGGAGGAAGGCGUGGACGCGCUGGGUUCAGAGGUCGCGGCAAGGAGCCUGAUCGUGUGCGGGACGUUGUUCCAAGGUAUCUGUGACAAGAGGAGUCUGGGUAAUGUGUCCGAGGUGCUCUACCAGACGUCCAACCCGGUGGACACGCAGUACGUAGCCGCCAACGAUCCCCGCGUCUCCACCGUGGGCGUGAUCUUGAACCAGAAAGGGGUGGGGCUGAUGCUAGUGGGGCGUGGCUACACUAGUAAAGGCCCCAGCGACAUCCCACCAAUCACAACGCGCCGUCUGUCCCCCAGCUCGUCCCCCGUCCGUCAGGCCUUCUCUCAAGACGAAGAACUAGGGAAGCUGGUUGUCGGUAGCUACUCCGAGUACAACAACAACUUCAUCUCAGCGUUUAACCACAGCGACCACGUCUACUUCCUGUUCUCGCGGAGGGAUAUGUGGCACAGGAAGGAGUACCGGACUUACGUUUCACGUCUCUGCGCCGGAGACCGGAGCUUCUACUCUUACGUGGAGGUUCCGUUGGAAUGUUCCGGCGGUUACAACCUCGCCCAGGGGGCUUCCCCCGCCGAACACCAGGGGAGGCCGGCGCUGUUCGUUGCCAUGGCGGCGGGGCAGGCGUCGACGCCCACGGCGACGGGUCGCUCGGCGCUGUGUGUUUACGGGAUGUCAGAGCUGGAUGCGGCGCUGCAGAGGGCCCAGGAGCUGUGUUAUACAGAGGGAGGAAGAGGACGGACGGGACAGGAGGAGGCAUACAUAGAGUAUGAGGUGUCGUCCAAAUGUCUUCGGCUGCCCAAGGAUUCGUUAAAGGAGUACCCGUGUGGAGGGGAACACACCCCCAGCCCCAUCGCCUCUGCUGUUCCCCUGUCAGCCACGCCUUCUCUCACCAGGGAAACUCAGCUCACCGCCGUCACCACCGCUACCGAGGCCGGCCACACCAUCGCCCUGCUGGGGGACAAGAAGGGAUGGCUGCAUAAGGUAUUUCUCCAGCCUGACACAUCAGGGACGUUGUAUCAGAGUGUAUUGGUGGACCGGGACAGUCCAGUCAACGCUGACCUAAUCCUGGACCAGUCUGGACAGAAUGUUUACGUCCUCACUGACAGCAAGGUGUCCAAGGUGGCUGUAUCUCAGUGUGAACAGCAGCCUGACUGCCAGUCCUGUCUGUCUGUCAGAGAUCCUUACUGUGGCUGGUGCGUCCUGGAGGGAAGAUGCACUCGUAGACUGGAGUGUAGUCGUGAGGGCCAGGCCAACCACUGGCUGUGGAGCUGCCAGCCUGCCAACCAGCCUGCCAACCAGUGUGUGACUGUCCAGAGCCUAACGCCUGUCAUCCAGAGCAGAGAGGAGGAGACUCAGGUGUCUCUAACAGUACGCCCAAUGUAG